AAGCUCAUGGCAGGUUCAAUAUUUAUGCAUAUAAAUAAACUUAUACGUAUACAUAUUUGUAAAUCCUAGAAAUGUCUCAGAAUCCAUUUUCUGGAAGUUCUGGUAAAAGGUUUUAAAGUAAUGACUCUCCUAUUGAACAAUUUUGUUUAAAUUGUCUUAUUUUUUAUUUUGAAAAUGAAUGCUUUUCUUCAAAAAGAUGCUUUAAAAUUUUACCAGAACCUUGGAUAUAAAUCUUCAUUAUUAAUAUAUACAAGCAUAUACAAUUCAAGAAAUUAUGAAAUUAAGGGAAGAGUUACGGAACAAAAAUAUGUUGUUUAACGAUCCUGAAUUCCCUACAACAAAUAAUUCUUUGUUCUUCAGCAUGCCACCACCUUGGCAAGUAGAAUGGAAGAGGCCAAUUGAAAUUGUUCAAUCGCCGAAGUUUUCUUUAGGACGACCUAUAGAUUUGGAAAGCAGUAUGUUCGCCAAUUGCUGGUACAAAGUUGCUAUUGAUUCAGUUAUGAGAGAUCCUGAAAUAUUCCACUGGGUAAUAAGUCCAAAUUGUCAAAGCUUUGAUCAAGAUUACAUUGGGAUGUUUUUUUUCAGAAUUUGGAGAUAUGGAAAAUGGAUGACUGUUAUUGUGGAUGAUAGAAUACCAAUCAGAAAUGACACCAAUGAAUUUAUUGGAUUUAAAUGCGAACAGUCACAAUUUUGGAUAUGUUUAUACGAAAAGGCCUAUGCAAAGAUAUUGGGCACUUAUGAAGACAUUGAAUUUACCCAGGCCAAUGAGGCGAUGGAGGAUUUGACCGGAGGUUUGUGUGAAUUAUUCCACUUGCCAACAUCCAAUUACGAUGACUGCCUAGAUACAUUCAAUAUAAUGAAAGUUGCAUUCGAAAUGAACUCUAUUAUUGUUUGCUUCUACAAUGAAGAACUGACAUCUGAAAUACUUUCUCAAUCCUGGAAACACAUUUUUAUAACAGGUUUGAAAGUGAUUUACCUAAACAAGCACGAAGAGCCUUAUAUUAAAGUAUCCAUUCCUGAAAAUCAUAAUUUUGUUUCAGAAUGGACAGUUAUAUCGACACAGGCACAAAUUGCACUAGGAUUGCCAGUGAUAAAGACAGGAAAUGAAAUGUGGGUUCAUCUAACUGAAUUCGUAAGAGUAUUUUAUUAUGUAAGUAUCUGCCAUUUAAAAGGGCUAAGGGAUCACCCUUGGCAGUGGAUAGAAUUUCAUGGUUCGUGGGUUCUUUCAGUCAGUACUGGAGGAUCAAUUCAUCAUAGCACCUUUCCUCAAAACCCUCAGUUUAGAUUUUGCCUGACAACAGCAGACCCAGAACCUAAUCCUAAGAAUGAAUGCACAGUUAUAAUUGCCCUUUUGCAAAAAUAUCGUAAAGCUUCAAGGAAAUCAAAAAGUACAAAAUUAUUAAAAAUUGGAUUUGUCGUUUAUAAGAUAAAUCCUGUCCAAGUCUCAUCAGUAUUAAAUGAAUUUUAUUGCAAACACCAUUUCCCAAUGAUAAGUAGCAACUUUUACAAUAUGAGAAAAGUGAGUUUGAGAUUCAAACUUCCACUAGGACAUUAUGUCAUAAUUCCCUCCACAUUGAAUCCAAAUAGGGAAGGUGAAUUUUUACUCAGAAUAAUAUCUUACAAUGCUGGAGGGAAAUUAGUACAACUGAAAAACAUUGGAUAUGUAUUUGCUUCAUACCAUUGGCCAUUGUUGAUUAUAAUGUUUUUGUUGUGCAUUUUACUCCCUUUCAUUAUUUAUUCUAAACUGUUCCAAGAAAAAAUAUAAAUACA